AUGUCGCAAACUCAGAACUUUGCAUACCCAGCAGCCGAGGAUGCAAGAAAGGACCGUACAUUGGCCGAGUUCCUCUUGAUGCUCGACGAUUACGAGCCACUGAUACCCAAUGAGGUCACAGACUACUACCUGCAGCGGGUCGGGUUUGAAUGUGAAGACGUUCGGCUAAAGCGCCUUCUCUCUCUCGCUGCCCAAAAAUUCGUCUCUGACAUUGCCGCCGACGCCUACCAACACGCUCGGAUACGUACAAAUGCGUCAGGAGGUCGCGCGCGAGCUAACCAACCGCUCACUGAUCUCAGCUCUGCACUCGCAGAGUAUGGCAUCAACUCUCGGAAACCGGACUUUUACAUGUAA